UUCUAACCCGUUCCUCCGGGGUUCCAGAGGCGCGCCAGCUCUGCGUCCCGUGAGCGCCGCCGACCCGGGAGCGGCUGACGGACGGGCCACGACGUCGCGCGUCUUGGAGUCCGCGCACCGUGACGCAGGAGUCACCCCAUCAUGAGAAACCUGAAGUUAUUUCAGACCCUGGAGUUCAGGGAUAUCCAGACUUCAGGGGAGCCUCAGUGUUUCUCCCUCCGAACUGAGCAGGGCACAGUGCUCAUUGGCUCAGCGUGUGGCCUCACAGAAGUAGACCCCGUCGCCAGAAAGGUGAGAAAUGAAAUUCCCCUGGUGGCAGAGGGCUUCCUCCCAGGAGACGGCAGCGGCUGCAUCGUCGGCAUCCAGGACCUGCCGGGUCAGGAGUCUGUGUGUGUGGCCACGGCCUCCGGAGAUGUCAUCCUCUGCAGUCUCGGGACACUCCAGCUGGAGUGUGUUGGGAGUGUCGCCAGUGGCCUCUCUGUCAUGAGCUGGAGCCCUGACAACGAGCUGCUGCUUCUCGUCACAGGUCAACAAACCCUCAUCAUGAUGACAAAGGACUUUGAGCCAGUCAUGGAACGGCAGAUCCACCAGGACGAUUUUGGUGAAAGCAAGUUUGUCACUCUGGGAUGGGGCAAGAAGGAGACCCAGUUCCACGGAUCAGAAGGCAGGCAAGCCGCCUUUCAGAUGCAAGUGCCCGAGCCUGCUCUGCCCUGGGAUGACCAUGCCCCCAAGGUUACUUGGCGCGGUGAUGGACAGCUUUUUGCCGUGAGUGUUGUUUGCCCAGAGACAGGUGCUCGGAAGUUCAGAGUGUGGAAUCGCGAAUUUUCUUUACAGUCAACUAGUGAGCCUGUGGCGGGGCUGGGACCAGCUCUGGCUUGGAAACCCUCAGGCAGCUUGAUCGCCUCCACACAAGACAAACCCAACCAGCAGGAUGUUGUAUUUUUUGAGAAAAACGGACUACUCCAUGGACAAUUCACACUUCCUUUCCUCAAAGAUGAAGUCAAGGUGAUCGACCUGCUGUGGAAUGCAGACUCCACUGUGCUCGCAGUGUGGCUGGAAGAACUUCAGAGUGAAGAAAAUUCCACUGUAAACACCUAUGUUCAGCUCUGGACUGUAGGCAACUACCACUGGUAUCUUAAGCAGAGUCUGCCUUUCACCGGCUGUGGAAAGAGCCAGGUCAUCUCUGUGCUGUGGGACCCGGUGGCCCCGUGCCGGCUGCACGUUCUCUGUCAAGGCUGGCGCUACCUCAGCUACGACUGGCGCUGGGCCACCGACCGGAGCUCAGGAGAGGUCUCCAGUGACGCGGCGAACGUGGCCGUCAUUGACGGAAACAGGGUGUUGGUGACGGCCUUCCUGCAGGCGACGGUUCCACCCCCCAUGAGCUCCUACCGACUGCUGCUCCCACAGCCUGUGAAUCAAGUCGCCUUCUCGACAAACCCUCAGCAGAGUAACGACCUCGCUGUCCUAGAUGCCUGCAGCCAGGUCUCCGUUUAUAAAUGUGAUGAUGAUGAUACGAGCGUAGACCCCACAGUGAAACUGGGAGCUGUGGGUGGGAACGGAUUUAAAAUCUCCCUUAGACUGCCGUAUCUGGAAAAGAGAUACAGAAUUCGGCUUGAGGAGGAGAACGAAGUGAACCCGCUGAAGCUCAGCUUUCUCACCUGGGUCCGAGAAGAAGCUUUCCUGGCCGUCAGCCACAGCCAGUCCGGCCCACAGUCUGUGAUCCUGCGUCUGACUGCAGCCCCACCCGACCCGGCCGAUGAGCUCGGACAGCUCAGUGUGAGUUCUUCUGUGACAGUGGAUGGGAUCGUGAUCAGUCUGUUUUGCAAUCCUAAAACGAAGUCAGUAGCAUUGCAGCUGGCUGACGGCCAGAUACUGAAGUGCCUUUGGGAGUCAUCCUCUCUGUCUGUUGAACCCUGGAAGAAUCCUGCUGGAACUCCUGUUAGAUUUCCUUAUCCAUGCAUGCAGACUGACUUGGCUUUCGUUGGAGUCGAGGAAUGUGUCCUUGGACUGUCUGACAGGUGUCGCUUUUUCAUCAAUGACACCGAGAUUGCUUCAAAUAUCACGUCUUUCGCAGUGUACGAUGAGUUUCUGUUACUGACUACCCAUUCUCAUACCUGCCACUGCUUUUGUCUGAGAGAUGCUUCACUGAAAGCACUGCAGGGAGGCCUGGGCAGCAGCCACGCGGCUCACGGGGAAACGCUGCGCAGAGUGGAGAGGGGCUCGCGCAUUGUCACCGUGGUGCCCCAGGACACGAAGCUGAUACUGCAGAUGCCAAGAGGAAACUUAGAAGUUGUUCAUCAUCGAGCUCUGGUUUUAGCUCAGAUUCGGAAGUGGCUGGACAAACUCAUGUUCAAGGAGGCGUUUGAAUGCAUGAGAAAGCUGAGGAUUAAUCUCAACCUGCUUCAUGACCACAACCCUCAGGUGUUUCUUGAAAAUGUGGAAACCUUUGUAAGGCAGAUAGAUUCUGUGAACCAUAUCAACUUAUUUUUCACAGAAUUGAAGGAGGAGGACGUCACAAAGACGAUGUACGUCCCGCCGCACCCCGGUGCCGCCCGGCUCUCUUCGGGGCCUGAGGGAAGUAAAGUCGACCGCAUCUGUGACGCCGUGAGAGGUGCCAUGGAGGACAUCGAUCCUCACAAGUACUGCCUGUCGAUACUCACCUCGCACGUGAAGAAAACAACCCCAGAACUGGAGACCGUGCUGCAGAAAGUCCACGAGCUUCAAGGAAAUGCUGCCGCUGUUCCUGGUGCUGUGAGUGCCGAAGAGGCCCUGAAAUAUCUGUUGCUUCUGGUGGAUGUGAAUGAAUUGUAUGAUCAUUCCCUGGGGACCUAUGACUUUGACCUGGUGCUCAUGGUAGCUGAGAAGUCACAGAAGGAUCCCAAAGAGUAUCUUCCAUUUCUUAAUAUGCUUAAAAAAAUGGAAACUAAUUACCAACGCUUUACUAUAGACAAGCACUUGAAACGAUAUGAAAAGGCCAUUGUCCACCUCAGCAGGUGUGGACCUGAACACUUCCCGGAAUGCUUAAGCCUGAUAAGAGAUCAAAACCUGCACGUUGAAGCCCUGAAGUUAUACCCUCCAAGCUCACCGCAGUACAAGGAGAUCGGCAUGGCUUACGGAGAGCAGCUGAUGCAGGAGCGCCUUGGCGAGCAGGCAGGGCUCGUGUUUACCCGCUGUGGUGCUCACGAGAAGGCUCUUGAUGCCUUCCUGGCUGCCGGCAGCUGGCAGCAAGCUCUCUGUGUGGCGUCCCAGCUACGCUUGAGCCAGGAGCAGCUUGCUAGCCUCAGCAGAACUCUUGCAGGAAAGCUGGUGGAACAGAGGAGACACAGUGACGCGGCCCUGGUGAUGGAGCAGUACGCCCAGGAUUACGAGGAAGCUGUGCUCUUGCUCUUGGAAGGAGCUGCCUGGGAAGAUGCCCUGAGAUUGGUAUACAAAUACAACAGGCUGGACAUCAUAGAAACCAAUAUCAAGCCUUCAGUUUUAGAAGCUCAGAAAAACCAUCUGGCGUUUCUGGACUCUCAGACAGUCACGUUCAGUCGUCAUAAAAAACGUUUGUUGGUGGUUCGAGAACUCAAGGAACAGGCACAACAGGCGAAUCUGGACGAGGUGCUCCUCAGUCAAGACUCCGAGUUUCUCUCGGACACCAGCAGUGUCUUGAGUGGCAGUGACCUGAGCAGCAAGCACUCCCACAGCAACUCCAGGAUUUCGGCGCGGUCAUCGAAGAACCGUCGCAAAGCAGAGCGCAAGAAGCACAGCCUGAAGGAGGGGAGCCCAGGGGAGGACGUGGCUCUCGUGGAGGCACUGGGGGAAGUGGUGCAGGGCGUCGAGAAACUGAAAGAUGACGUAUGCCACCUCUUGAAGGUACUCUUUCUCUUUGAGUUUGAUGACCAAGGACGGGAAUUACAGAAGGCCUUCGGAGACACUUUGCAGCUGAUGGAAAAGUCACUUCCAGAGAUCUGGGCUCUCGACCACCAGCAGAAUUCAGCUAGGCCUGUUCUCGGUCCUGACUCUACUGCAAACAGCAUCAUGGCUUCUUACCAACAGUGGAAGUCUGCGGUUCCUGUGCUGGAUUCUGAGCCUCUUAGACCCCCAAAGAUCAACAGGAAAACUCAGUGGAAACUGAGCUUUCUAGAGUGACUGGCAGCAGUGAAGAGGACCCCCAGAAGAGACGGGCUCGCUUUCCCUCUGCCUCUCGGCCCCUGGGGCCUGGCCGUUAGCUAGGUAGUUGCUGACAUUGUGCUCGGUGGCUCCUGAUGCAGGAACCAAAGACACCGAGCAGCUGGUUCCGCAUCAUCACUUCCCCACUUUCAGUCAGCCGAGAUGGCAGCGCCCUGUAGACCGCGAGCCACUUUCCUUAAUGCUGCCUGAGCGCACGUUCCUGCGUUUCUGCGCACUUGUGGCGGCCAGCAGUCUGGGGCUCAGUCCCAUCUGCAGGUCUGAGUCACGUCGGGACCCUCCACACGUUGGAUGAGUGACUUGUGCCUCUUUUGGGGGAACAGUGUCACGAUUUCUACCUCAAAGGUGUGAAGAAAAAGUAAAUGGAUAUUGCUACAUUAUUUUCUGUUCCUAGAGGAAAGAAUUAGACUUUAAUCACAUUUAAUCACUUCACUUGUUUCUUCACCUUGAACUAAAACUGAAUAAAAAGCUGAAUAGAUCCCCGA